AUGCAUCCGCGAGGACCAUCUGGUCCGACACAGCACCUUCCAUAUCGUCCUCCCCCGCCAUACCAGCAAAGGCCGUACACAUCCCCUGGACAAUACCAGCAAAGGCCUUACCCACCACCUGGACAAUACCAGCAAAGGCCUUACCCACCACCUGGACAAUACCAGCAAGGACAGUACCCACCUCCUGGUCAGUACCAGCAGGUCCCGUAUCCACCCUUUGGACAAUAUCAGCAAAGCCCAUACGUCUCACCACCUCCGGGUCAAUAUCCGUACGGAUAUGCGCAACGAUACGGGGGCCAAAUGCCACCCCAGGUGCAACCUCCACCCCCCCAAGGACGUGGAUUCGAUUUUGGAUUGGAGGAGAGCAGCGAAGACGAACCACAGAAUGUCCUAUUCGAAGACAAAGCCGUUCGAUUAGGCUUCAUCCGGAAAGUAUAUUGUAUUCUGUCACUGCAGCUCCUGAUGGUCACACUAAUAGUCUCCAUGUGCGUGUUCGUGCCCGAGGCAAGGCAAGCAGCCCAGAAAUAUUUCUUUCUCUUCCUGCUAUGUGGCCUUGUAAGCCUCGCAAUACUUCUGGUGCUGACUUGCUGUCCAGGACUAUCCCGGAGCUUUCCUACAAAUAUGAUACUCCUCACUGUCUUCACCUUCUUCGACGGGAUAUUUCUGGCAGGUGCAUGCGCACAUUACAAGGUAGACGAAGUGGUCCUUGCUGCAGGAGCCACGACGCUGAUCUUCUUCGCUCUGACUAUAUUCGCGUUCCAAACAAAGAUCGACUUCACUGUCUGUCACACAGCCAUGUUUGCUGUUUUGAUAAUACUCUUCGUUGUGGGAAUUACUGUGGUCAUCUUCCCAACUAGGACAAUGAAGAUAAUUUACAACGGCUUCGGAGCCCUGGUUUUUAGCGUGUACAUAAUCAUCGACACGCAAUCCAUAGCAGGGGGCAACCGUGCAGAAAUUCUCUCUCCCGAGGACUACGUCGCUGGCGCCAUCAUGCUCUACACGGAUAUUACAACCCUUUUCUUGAAUCUGCUUGAUCUCCUCAGUGCUCUCAACGACAACAAUUAGGGAACACCCAUCUUGGCCUCGUGUUCUGAACGCAAUGGUACACGAUACUUACUGCAAACAUCAGAAUAAAAUUCAUGAAUUA